UAUAUACAUACAUCACAUGCAAAAUACAUGAACAUGACAUUGCAUGCCGCAAUGGAGAAAAUAUUACUACUUUUCCUUCUUCUUCCUCUUUUGUUGUACCCGACCAAUGUUGUCUCAGACGACAACGUUCCGAUCCCUCCGACUAAGGAUCAAGUGAACACUUGGUUCACCGCCAACGUCAAGCCCCUCGCAUCCAGAAAGGACCUCGAUCCUGGCCUUGCCAAGGCCGAGGCCAACGUCUCUCACAUUAAGGUCAGUAGCGACGGAAAAGGGGAUUUCAAGACCAUUUCUGAUGCCAUCAAUAGCAUUCCCGCCGGAAACACACAAAGAGUUGUCAUUUCAUUGGCAGGCGGGACCUACAAGGAGAGAGUGAAGAUCGAAAGAGACAAGCCAUUUAUCACCUUGUACGGUGACCCGACGGAUCGGCCCACUAUAGUCUCUGGUAGCACGGCGGCUAAAGAUGGCACCGUGUACAGUGCCACCUUGUCUGUUUCAUCAGAUUACUUCAGUGUGGUUAAUAUUGACAUUGUGAAUUCGGCUCCGAGGCCAGAUGGCCAAAAACCGGGGCAACAAGCAGUGGCCGUAACCCAGAGUGGCGACAAGGCCUCCUAUUACAACUGUAAGAUGAAAGGAUUUCAGGACACAUUAUGUGACGAUGCAGGAAAACACCUCUUCAAUGAUUGCUAUAUUGAAGGAACGGUGGAUUUCAUAUUUGGCAAUGGCAAGUCUCUAUAUGUGAACACAGAGUUGCAUGUGAUAGAAGGCGAUAAUAUGGCUGUGAUAAUAGCACACGCUAGGCACACGAAUGCUGAGGACACUGCAUACUCUUUUGUGCAUUGCAAAGUUACAGGGAAAGGGACUGGGGCGUUGCUUGGGAGAGGAUGGAAGCCUUUCUCAAGGGUCAUUAUGUCAUACACUGAAAUCAGCAAUUGCAUAAAACCAGAGGGGUGGGAUGGCAUGCGUGGAAAUCCUACAGAUGGAGGGACAACUUUCUUUGGAGAAUAUAAGAACACUGGACCAGGAUCUAAUAUGAACACGAGGCCCAAGUUUGUUAAGAGGUUGACUGAUACAGAAGUUAAACCUUACAUCACACUUGGUUUCAUAGAAGCAUCUAAGUGGCUUCUUCCCCCAACCGGUGGAGGACCUGCGGGGGUAAGGGCUCCCGCUUCCGGCCAUGAGCUUUAGGAUUAAUACUUAGCAUAAAAAUGAUGUCUUCCUAUUCGAAUAAAAAAUACUCUAUAACUACUAGAUGAGCUGAUAAUCCAGUCAAAGAGCACAUAGAAAUUGUUAUAAGACACUUAAACGAUUAUAGAACGAUUGCUUACGAUUAGACAUGUUGACACAAUCAUUAUUUUGAAAGUGGCAUUG